GUCAAAGGAGGCGCGUGUCAAAGGCUCACGAAAGCACAGUGGCACUCACUGGUGUCUGCAGAACAUCGCGCAGGAAUCCGUUGACAGCUCUGAUGAGGAGUUCUUUGAUGCCCGAGCAGAUGUUAUGGAGGGGAAGAGCGCCAUUCUGCUGGGCAUGAGUCAGUGGAACUCAAAUGACCUCGUGGAGCAGAUCGAAACGCUGGGUCACAUGGAGAACCAGGCCCACGAGGGCCUGUACCCGCUGGGCGGUCCGCGCUGCGCCCCUCAGAGCAGCAUUGAAGGACUGGAGGACAUGGAGAGGAAGUGUAAGACGCACGUGCUGCUGCUGGUGGUGCACGGGGGGAACAUCCUGGACACGGCGGGCGGAGACCCCAGCACGAAGGCCGGCGACGUGGCCACCCUGGCCUCCGUGCUGGAGAAGGUGACCCAGGCGCACUUCCAGGCCGCCGCCGAACACGUCAUGAUCAAGCUGGUGCCCUGUCCGGCCGUGUGCGCCGACGCCUUCUCCUUAGUGUCCAAUCUGAACCCGUACAGCUACGACGAGAGCUGUGUGUCCAGCAGCGUGGACCACCUGCCUCUGGCCGCCCUCCCCCUCCUCGCCAUCGUCUCCCCGCGCUACCAGGACGCCGUGGCCACCGUCAUCGAGCGGGCCAACCAGGUGUACCGCAGCUUCCUGCAGUCGGAGGACGGCCAGGCAUUCUCCGGGCAGGUAUGCCUGAUGGGUGACUGCGUGGGCGGCGUGCUGUGCUUCGACGCGCUGUGCUUCAGUAACCACCAGAGACACGGCAGCCCCAACAACAGCAGCAGGAACAACAGCAGCGAGAGCCUGAAGGAUAACUCCGGGCUGCUGGGGCAGUCCAGCCCCGGCCUGAGCUCCAGCAAGAGGCUGAGCAAGAGCAACAUCGACAUCUCCGCCCCCAACGACGGCCAGGGCGGCCCCUCGCUCAGCCGGAAGCAGAGCGACUCGUACGACGGGGACACCUCGUCCACGGGCCAGCACAGCUUUUUCACCAGUUUGAUGAAGGACAGCGUGGAGGUGCGCGGCGGUGGCGGCGGCGGCGGCAGCAGCACCAGCCUGGUGGUGAAUCCGGGCCGGUUCGACUUCGAGGUGUCGGACUGCUUCCUGCUCGGCUGUCCUCUGGGCCUGGUGCUGGCCAUGAGGCGCACCGUGCUUCCCGCCGUGCAGGUGACCCAGCUCCACCCGGCCUGCUCUCAGAUCUUCAACCUCUUCUACCCCUCGGACCCCUCGGCCUCCCGGCUGGAGCCUCUGCUGCAGCCUCUCUUCCACAAGCUGCCGCCGUUUGCCGUGCCGCGCUACCAGCGCUACCCUCUGGGAGACGGGCGCACCAUGCUCAUAGGAGAGAGCAUCCAGAGCCAGCCAGAUGUGUUUCUGGAGGGAGAGCAGCGUCCCUCCGAGGGGAAGCCUGACGGAUGCCGGGGGGAGGAGGGGGGCCGCCGGGCCAGCGUGACCAGCGUGGACAGCCAGGCGUCCAACUGCUCCAUGGGCCGUCUGGGAAACACCAUCGCUAACAUUUCGAGCAGCUGGUGGGGCUCCAAGAGGCUGGACUACGCUCUCUACUGCCCAGAUGUGCUGACGGCGUUUCCCACCGUGGCCCUGCCCCACCUUUUUCACGCCUCCUACUGGGAGUCCACCGACGUCGCGGCGUUUGUCCUCCGACAGCUCAUGCGAUGUGACUGCGUGAAGACCCAGGAAGCAGAUAGUCUGGACUCGGCUCCCUUCUCUCCGUCCAGCCCACGAGAGAAGUGGCUCCGACGGAGGACGCAUGUCAAACUGAGGAACGUCACGUCCAACCACCGGGUCAACGACGUGAUCGCCACCGAGGACGGACCGCAGACCCUGGUGGGGCGUUUCAUGUACGGGCCGCUGGACAUGGUGACCCUGACCGGAGAAAAGGUGGACGUCCUGCUCAUGACGCAGCCGCAGUCCGGCCGAUGGGUCCACUUCGACACCGAGGUGACCAACAGCAGCGGCAGGGUCACGUACAACAUCCCCAAGAGCAAGAGGCUCGGCCUGGGCGUGUAUCCAAUCAAAAUGGUGGUCAAGGGCGAUCAGACCAGCGCCGAGGCCUACCUGACCGUGCUGCCCCGCGGCAUGGAGUGUGUGGUUUUCAGCAUCGACGGCUCCUUCGCCGCCAGCGUGUCCAUCAUGGGCAGUGACCCCAAGGUCCGCCCCGGAGCCGUGGACGUCGUCAGGCACUGGCAGGACCUGGGAUAUCUGAUCAUCUACAUCACAGGCCGCCCCGACAUGCAGAAGCAGCGGGUGGUCUCUUGGCUCUCGCAGCACAAUUUCCCCCACGGCAUGAUCUUCUUCUCCGAGGGUUUGGUUCACGAUCCUCUGCGGCAAAAGACCAUUUUCCUCAGGAACCUGAUUCAGGAGUGCCACAUCAAGAUCAACUCCGCCUACGGCUCCAUGAAGGACAUCUCGGUCUACAACAUGCUCGGCCUCAGCCCUUCACAGAUUUACAUCGUCGGCAGACCUUCGAAGAAGUACCAGAAUCAGUGCCAGUUCCUGAGCGAAGGUUAUGCAGCGCACCUCUCCACGCUCCAGUUCGGCCACAGAGCCAGACCCAAGAAGUCCUCUUCGGUUCGCAUGGUCUUGAGGAAAGGCUCGUUCGGGCUCUCCGCCAAGCCUGACUUCCUCUGCAAGCGCACCCACCUGCGCAGGACCAUGUCGGUGCAGCAGCCGGACCCGCCGUGCACGCCCAACCCCAAGCCGGAGCGCGCCCAGAGCCAGCCCGAGUCGGACAAGGACCACGGCGGAGGAGGGGGCGGCGGGACCGGGGGCCCGGGAGUCUGGGGACGGGCCUCCAUGCACCGCGGCGACACGACUCCCUGA